AUGAAACGCUCGCGAAAAGCGGACGGUGGACAUACAGAAGCGGAACGGAAGAAGCCGCCCAAAAGGGCCCGGGGUAAGAAAGCUGAAAGUUUGGCGCCCUCAACUUCAGGAGAAGAAAUUGUCAAAUCCAAUGACGCGACUUCGCCGGAUCAUACUACAGCCUCGAAGCAGCUCAAGAAGCCUGGCAAAACUACCAGAGCGCCAGUAGACGAAACAUGCUGGUUCAGUGCAAAAUCCAAGGGUAUUGCCAAAGACUGUUACGAAGUCUAUGUGGACGAUGAUGGCCUCAAUUACGAUGCCAGCUUGAACCUCAGCAGCAUCGAUGGCAACAAUAACAAGUUCUACUACAUCCAGCUGCUAUGCCGUACGGACACUGACCAAUCUAAAUUUGCGGUCUGGACGCAUUGGGGCCGGAUCGGUGAGGCUGGCCAGAAUAAUCUGGAUGUAAACAUGUCUCUGGAGACUGCCUUUGUUCUUUUCAAGUCAAAGUUCAAGGACAAGACCGGCCUGAAAUGGGAGAACAGGAGUGAACAGCCAAAGGCCAAGAAGUACACCAUGAUCGAAAAGUCCUAUGGCAAUGAAACAGACGAUGAAGCAGGGGAUCAGGCUCAACAGUCCAAUGAAUCUCCUCAGAAAAUCGCAUUGCCGGACUGUACGCUCAACGAGGAGUUACAAGAGCUCGUGCGCUUUCUUUUCGACGCGGGGAUCAUGAAGAAGUCCAUGGCUUCCCAAAAAUACAACUUUAAUAAGUUGCCACUAGGCAAGCUGUCGAAAAGCACCAUCGAAAAGGGUUACCUCGCACUUAGGGAGCUCGGCGAUGUGAUCUUGAACCCCAAGCUGGCCCAAGAAAAGCACGAAACAUCUCUUGCGACCGCUUUCAACGACUUGAGUUCUCAGUACUACACUAUCAUCCCCCAUGACUUCGGGCGGAACAGACCGACGCCAAUCAACAGCGAAGCUCAGCUCAAAGCUGAGAUGGACUUGGUGGAGACCCUAGGGAACAUGCAGAUCAGCAAUGAAAUUCUCAAAGACACCGAGUAUCCAAAAGACCCGCAAGGAAAUGCCAUUCACCCUCUCGAUGCACAAAUGCGAUCUCUGGGACUUCGAGAAGCGAUUCCAGUUGACAGGAAAUCAGUCGAAUUUGGUCAUUUGGAAAGCUACCUGAAUCAUGCGAAAGAUGGCUACUGCCUUUCCUCCGACACCGCGAUCCAGAAUAUCUACCGCAUCUCUCGCUCUGAGGAAAUAGACCGCUGGAUCGCUGGCGGCUAUGACGCUGAAGCCAUGAAGACGAAACUCGUCAAAGAUCAUCGGAGACUACUCUGGCAUGGCUCGCGAGGCUGCAACUUCGGCGGUAUCCUCAGUCAAGGUUUGCGCAUCGCCCCUCCAGAAGCGCCUGCUAACGGAAAAGCCUUCGGAAAAGGCAUCUACCUUGCAGACAGAGCCUGUAAAUCUGCCGCUUAUUGUGAUCCGUGGACAUCAGGGCAGACUGGACUACUUCUGCUAUGCGAGACACAACUUGGAGACCCAGCAUAUGUUCGGAGGGACCAUGAGUACAACGCCGCCGAUAGUAUGAGGAAGAAGGGGCUCAUCUCCACCAAAAUGGCGGAAAAUCCUGCAAAUGAGCCCUUGAAAUGGAUGGAUGCUGGUGUCGCGAAUUCGGAGCUAAAUGGCACGCUCAUGCCUGAUCAUGAAGUCAAGUUGCCAUCAGCGCGUGGGAAUCCGAAUGAGUACAUCGUGUAUGAUGUGGCUCAGAUCAAGAUUCGUUAUGUAUUCAUGCUCAAGUGGAAAGACUCCAGGCAGUGGGGUAUCUAUUGA